UUUGCUAUCAUCACGUCACGUGACUGAGUUUCUGGGUUUUCUGACCAAUAGCGGAACGUCCGUGUGACGUCAGUAGGUUAGCUGCUCAGAGCUUUGAGUCUCAGCUAGCUUACCGCUCGGUUGCCAUGGUGACGAUCUCUGCGUGUCUGGUUUAGUGAUCAGUUUGUGCGAGUCUUUGCUCAGCCAGAGAGUAGCCCCGGUCCGGUCCGGUCCGGUCCGGCAGACAUGGAGCAGUACAGCAUCCUGGGUCGGAUCGGAGAAGGAGCUCAUGGCAUCGUCUUCCAGGCCAAACAUAUCGAGACAGGAGAGACGGUGGCCCUGAAGAAGGUGGCUCUGAGGAAGCUGGAGGACGGGAUCCCGAACCAGGCAGUGAGGGAGAUCAAGGCCCUGCAGGAGAUCGAGGACAACCAGCAUGUGGUGAAGCUGAAGGAUUUCUUCCCUCAUGGAACCGGUUUUGUCCUGGUCUUUGACUUCAUGCUCUCUGACCUCUCUGAGGUCAUCAGGAACUCCCAGCGACCUCUGACCCCGGCUCAGGUGAAGGGCUACAUGAUGAUGUUGCUGAAGGGCGUGGCCUUCCUGCACCAGAACUCCAUCAUGCACCGGGACCUGAAGCCUGCCAACCUCCUCAUCAGUUCCUCGGGUCACCUGAAGGUGGCAGACUUCGGCCUGGCCCGGCUGUUCAGUGACCAGGGGGAGCGGCUCUACAGCCACCAGGUGGCCACCAGGUGGUACCGAGCCCCGGAGCUGCUGUACGGAGCCCGGAAAUACGACGAGGGAGUUGACCUGUGGGCGGUCGGCUGUAUCUUCGGGGAGCUGCUCAACUCCUCUCCUCUGUUUCCCGGGGAAAACGACAUCGAGCAGCUCUGCUGCGUCCUGCGAGUUCUGGGGACGCCGACCCGGGACAGCUGGCCCGAAAUGGUCGAGUUGCCAGAUUACAAUAAAAUCACCUUCAAGGAGAAUCCAGCGAUCCCAUUGGAGGAGAUCGUCCCUGACACCUGUCCUCAGGCCGUGGACCUGCUCUGCCGCUUCCUGGUCUACCCGUCCAGGCGGCGCUGCUCCGCCACACAGGCUCUCAUCCAUCCCUUCUUCUUCUCCUCUCCUCUUCCUGCUCACCGCUCCGAGCUGCCCAUCCCUCAGAGGGGGGGUCGCCCUCCCCGCCAGCGCCUGCAGGCUCCGCCCACCGACUUCUCUGUGGACCUGCCCCUGCAGAACAGCGUGGUGGACCCCGCGGAGCUGCAGCCACACGCUUCCUGCCUCUGAAAAGACUUAAAGUGUUGGAAAUGAGAACUGAACUGAACUACUGAACUAAACUACUGAACUACUGAACUGAACUACUGAACUGCUGAACUGAACUACUGAACUGAACUACUGAACUACUGAACUACUGAACUGCUGAACUGAACUACUGAA